AUGAAUCAAAACGUGCAGAAGAGUAAGCGAGCAAGCAAGCGAGCUGGCAAGUUCAACGACCCAAGAUCAAGCAGGCACUAUGGAUCAGUUCAGCGCAACAACAGAAAUUCAGUGUUGCCACUGUUCCUCGCGAGGAAGAAACCUCAGUCUCCGCUCCUCUUCUCCUCCUCUCCCUACAUCCCGUCGAGCCUCUCAACCGACACCCUCCUCAGCGACACCGAUGACCUCGAGAAAGACGAAAGCUCGCCGCUGUACAAAGACGCCCCCAGGAAGCUCCCUCUCCAAAAGGCCUUCAGCUCAACCUACAAAGCUCUCUUGACCGUCUUGAUCCUGUUGCCGUGGGCGCUGCUACCCAUGAUGUACAAGCUUGGGUACAGGUCUGGAGCGAGCGUGCUGCCGAAAUUGCCUACGCAUGAAUCUGGACUACGAACUCUCGUUAUGCUCGUCCCUAUGCAACUGUCUCGUUCCAGAGCCGUGAAACACCAUCUUGAGAUUCUCGACGACGAGUUCUACACCACCAAGCCCGAGAAUCUGAAGUACAAGGGGAUUCCCCGGCCUGAGCUGGACGACGCCUGGAAUGAGCUGAUAGCGACCGCGCUAACAAUGGCCCCCUCCCUCCCUCCCCCCAGCUACUUCUACUGGCCCAAAACCGCCCAGAGCGCCACCAGAAGCUACCCCCGCCACGUCGGCCACAGGGAGCACGUCUGCGUCGACUGGGACCACCUGCAGCGCGAGACCUCCAAGACGCGCUUCUCGAUACUCGGCGAGGAGAAGCUGCUCGUCAACCCCGUCAACCCGGCGGCGAGCCUCAACAACGUCGUGCGGCCCAUGUUCAAGAACUACAGCGUGUACGACGGCGUCGAUAUUCCGGAGCUGAAGCUGUUCGAGGGCUUGGAGGAUGGCGGCCUGGAGGAGCUGCAGCAGAUGGCGAAGGCUGGUGGGAGGAGGUAG